UGUGUGCCUGGAGAACCUUUUCCUUUCUAUCUCUUCCCUUCCUUCAGUUAAAGCCAUAUCAAACACAUGGAAUUCCGGUCUCCAAAUCUUUAUUAAUUGCUUCCUCAAAACCCCCUCUUGCCCCCUCUCUCUCUUCCCUUUCCUCUCUCCUCUUCCUCUUCUUCUUCUACCUCCCUCUCCCUCCCCAUGUGAGUGAUCCUGCUACAUGUUACAUGUGAUCAUGCACAGGUAGGUGAGCUCUAGCCCCUGAUCAAGGAGGUGCAAGCUUCUACUGCCAUCUUUUCGGCGAGAAGGAGAUCGAGGAAGAAGAUCAGAAGCUCAGGUAGCCGCCAUGGAUGGUGUGGUAGCAGAAGAUCAAGCAGGCGGCAGCGGCAGCGGUCACCGCCGCCUCAUCGGAUCGAGGAUCGAGGAGCACCGCAAGUACAUGUCGGAGGAGAGCUGCUGCCCGAGGUGCGGCCACAAGAUCGACCGGAAGCUGGACUGGGUGGGGCUACCGGCCGGUGUGAAGUUCGAUCCGACGGAUCAGGAGCUGAUUGAGCAUCUCGAGGCGAAAGUCCGGCCCGGCGGCGAGGCGGCGGCACACCCGCUCAUCGACGAGUUCAUACCCACCAUUGAAGGGGAGGAUGGAAUCUGCUACACCCACCCUGAGAAAUUGCCAGGUGUCAGCAAGGACGGCCUGAGCAGGCACUUCUUCCACCGCCCAUCCAAGGCCUACACCACCGGCACCCGCAAGCGCCGCAAGAUCCAGCCGCCGGCGGCCGCCGCCUCGUCGGGCGGCGGCGGUGGCAACGCGUCGUCGUCGUCGUCGGCGUCGGCGGCUGCGGCGGUGGCGCGCCAUGGCCAUCAGCAGCAGCAGCAGCAGCAGAGGAGCGAGACGCGGUGGCACAAGACCGGGAAGACGCGGGCGGUGGUGGGCGGCGGGCGUCAGCGCGGGUGCAAGAAGAUCCUGGUGCUCUACACCAACUUCGGGAAGCACCGCAAGCCGGAGAAGACCAACUGGGUGAUGCACCAGUACCACCUCGGCGAGGCCGAGGAGGAGCGCGACGGCGAGCUCGUCGUCUCCAAGAUCUUCUACCAGACGCAGCCCAGGCAGUGCGCCGCCGCUGACGCCGCCGCCACCGCCUCCGCCUCGGCUGUAGAUAGGAGGACAACGUCGUUGAGGGACCGUGCGGCGGCGGCUGCCGCCGCAGCUGCAGCGGCGGCGCCAAUGGCUUCCGCUAACGUCAGCGUGGCCGCGUUCCACGGCGGCGCCGCCGGCAUUGAUGAAUUCAGCUUCGCGCAGUUCAGGAGUAGCUUCGAGGAGGCGGGAAUGGGAGCGUCGUCGUCGGAUCACCAAAGUGCUAUGGUUGAUCAGCGGCGGCGGCAGCAGCAGCACGACGACGACGAGCACGACCACCGGCGCGGCGGCGGCGGCCACCACUACGUCGGGCAGCAGCAGAGCGUCGCGGCGACGUUCCACGUCGUCAGCUCGCCGGCGGACCCCAUAGCCAGGCUGAUGUCGCCGCCGCCGGCUCACCAGGGCACCGUCAUGCUCCGGCAGCCGGAGCCGCCGUAUAUUUACCAUCACCAGCAGGAGGAUGAACGGCCACACCAACCGCGAAAGUUUGAUGGGAGGUCGACCUCUGGUUCUGGACUGGAGGAGGUGAUCAUGGGCUGCACCUCACGGAGGUCCAAAGGAGGGGAAACAUCAGGUGGUAAGGAUGGCACAGAAUGGCAGUACCCAUCCUUCUGGCCAUCUGACAGCCAGGAUCAUCAUGGGUAAAAGAGCAACGUAUCUAGCUGCACCUUGAGUAUGAGUAGUAGCCAAUCUCGGUGAGGCAACCAAAAGCAAAACAAGAACCCUGACAACAUCAUUACUACCAUGAUAGGAGCAGCAUACAUGCACUAUAUACACUCCUACAAGACUAAAAGCUCACCAGCUUAGCACAUAGCAUAGGAGGCAGGAGUGGCUUCCAAGAAACACACAAAAGGCAAAGUUUGCAACAAAAUCCAACCCCCUAACUUUUAUCCCCCCCUUCUCCCUCUAUCUCUCUCUUCCUCCUCCUCCUCCUACUUCAUCUUUCUCUUCACCCAAUGUGUCUGGAUAACGGGAUGGAAGUUUCAUUUGAGUGCUCAAAUUUACAUGUCUAAAGAGACAAAGAUGAUAUUGAAGCAAAGCAAAAGGGAGAGACAGAAAAAGAAAAAGGAGAGGAAAAACAAAGGUGACAUCACAAGGAAGGUUAGUUAACCGUCGGUUGCUCAGGCGGAUUGAUGCGAAAUCAUCACCGCGAUCAUUGUUUACCGACACCUUUCCGACAAAGUGAUUGAAUGUUAGUCUAAUAAUCAGGAGUAUUGAUAAAUAUUUUAUUACUUUUGUUGUAUUGAUUUGAUUGGUUAAUAUUAAUUGUACACCAUUACCCUUUUCCUUUUGUCUUAUACUGAGAAAAGAAGCUAACAUGUUGGAAAAAGAAUGAAAGGGUCAAUUUGUAAAGAUGGCACAAGUUCUCAUUUGAUUGGUCCA